AUGCUUUCAUAUUUGCAUGCAAAUGAGGCUUUGGACAGCCUCGAAGUUCCUAUUGGCUGUGUGCUUGUUGAAGAUGGGAAGGUCAUAACCUCGGGAAGAAAUUGAACUAAUGAGACACGAAAUGCUACAAGGCACGCAGAGAUGGAAGCCAUUGACACUCUUCUUGAGUAGUGGAGAGAACAUAGGCUUUCAAAGUCAGAAGUUGCUGAAAAGUUUUCAAAAUGUAAACUCUAUGUUACAUGUGAGCCAUGCAUAAUGUGUGCAGCGGCUUUAUUAUUUAUUGUAAUAAAGGAAGUAUUUAAUGGUUGUGCCAAUGACAAAUUUGGUGGAUGUGGAUCAGUAUUGUCGUUGCACUCAAGUAGCUCCGAUCCACAAACAAGUAGUGUAGCUCCAGAGGGGAAGGGUUUCAAAUGCACUGGAGGGAUAAUGGCAACAGAAGCAGUCUCUCUUUUUCGCAGUUUUUAUGAACAGGGAAACCCUAAUGCUCCAAAGCCUCAGAGGCCUCUUGCCCAACAAGCAUCACAAUGAGUACGUAGAGAUUCACUAGUUUCUCACCUCGUUUAUAAAAUGAGGUUAAAAAUCAACUGUAAGACCAAAGCAAGACGUUCCUAAGGUUUGCAACAGCCCGAAAUUGGAUGUUUGAGGACUUCGGAAGAGGAACGGAUGAAAACUUUGAAAACUAUACGAAAUACGGAUCUAUCUUCGAUAUUUUCUACUAUCACUACAAUUAUAUUUUUUCCAAGGUUACUUGAAUUAGUAAAAUUUUGGAAUAAACUUAGUAGAAAUGUAGAAUUUGAGAAUUGGGUUUUGUUUGUGUUUUGCCUUCCAUGUCGUUCUAACUUAUGGUGUAGGCUUUCUAGAAGAACGAUUGGUCUUCAUAAAUUUGACAUGCUAUGUUG